GUCGCACGUGCUCUGAAGCAGCUACGGGCCAGACAUCGACUCAUUCUGACCGGAACACCGAUUCAGAAUAGGGUUUGUGAGCUGUGGUCCCUGUUUGAUUUUCUGAUGCCAGACUUCUUGGGUUCAGAAUCGACUUUCGUGGCUAGAUUUUCUCGUCCGGUUGCCGCCAGUCGUGAUCCAAAGGCCACUCGGGUCGAGCAGCGAGCAGGUCAUUUGGCUCUUGAGAGUCUCCACCGGCUGGUUCUACCCUUCAUGCUGCGACGACUGAAGGAAGACGUCAUGCUCGAUCUUCCACCGAAAAUUAUCCAAGAUUUCGCUUGUGAGAUGACUUCCGUUCAGCUUAUACUCUACGAAACCUUCAUGAAAUCAAACGAAGGCCGUGUACUCCUGAAAAAUAUCAAUUUAAAACAUGAGGACGGUGAUGAGGCCGAUUCGUUACCUACCCCGUACGGUGCGGUUCGCCACGGAUUUCAGGCACUGCGCUAUCUACAAGCAGUUUGUAAUCAUCCUUGCCUGGCCCUGAAACCGACUCAUCCCAUCUUGUCCGAAGUGAAGCGCUUGUUGCAAACCGAAUACGGACCGCGUGUCUCAUUGGAUUCCGUCCAUUUGAGCGGGAAAUUGUUGGCACUGUGUCGUCUGCUCACCGAUUGCGGAUUCGGUACACCAAACUUUGGUUCAUCCACGGACUCGACAAAUCCUUUCAGUUCCACUAGUUUGUGCAACACCGGAUCCUCAACCGACGAUCUCGAAGAAUCAUCCAGAGCGCUGCUCAAUCAGCAUCGUGCACUCAUCUUUUUCCAAACCCGCGAGAUGUUGAGGCUCACGGAAGAAAUGCUCAGUUAUUCGGUUUCGGAGCAUCUUAUAUCCGGGGCCAUGGAUCGCGUGCAUCGUAUUGGUCAACGGCGCACGGUUAACGUGUACCGUUUGAUCACACAGGACAGCAUUGAAGAGCAAAUAAUGAACCUUCAGGCAUUUAAAUUGCACCUGGCCAACACGGUGGUGUCCACAGACAAUCGUCAUCUUAGCGGUAUGGACACCGGACAUUUGUUUGACCGAUUCACCACUGCCUCUCGGUCGUCGACUGGUGACCACCAAGACCGCCCUACGGGAAGUGAUGUAAACACACUCGACUCACUUGAGGAAUGCUAUGAAACCGAAUAUAAUCUGGACGCGUUUGUGGCUCGUCUGAAAUAA